AUGCUUGAUCGCGACCACUCGCUUUACAUUGAUCAUCCUCGAGUUAAUGACAACAAAUACAAAGUUUUGGAAUGUUUGCUGAAGUCGGGCUUGGUUGUUAACAAUGUUCGAAUCGAUCCCAGGUGGGACUGGUCACCUCUAGCAAUGGCUGUUCAUGUCGAUUGUGGCUGGGAUUUGCUACUCAAGGAAGGGGUUAUAAUUGAUGAUACUUGCAUGGAGCGUCUCGAGAAUAUUUGUCAUGAAGAAGGGAACUUGGUACGCAGAUUCAUUGAUGCAGCAACAGAAAAUAAUAUAUCAAUAGACAUAAAGCCAAGGUUUAUCAAAUUAGUACUCAGACAAGAAGGAACAAGUCACCGAGGAUUGGAAUUGCUUUCAGAAUCAAAUGAUAUGGAUGACCUACCUCGUCGAGAAGUCGCAUUGCAAAAAGCUUCCCUUUUUGGUCAGACCCAGAUCGUGAAAGACAUUCUUUCAGAGGAGGACCUUGACGUAAAUUUCUGCGCUCCCGAAACCGAUUAUCUUACUACCAUUAACAGUGCAUCUACGAAUGGUCACAUAGAUGUUGUGCGUAUCCUGAUAGAUCACGGUGCUGCCUUGGAAGUCCAUGAUUCUAGAUCAAAUCCCAAAGGCAUUCAUCAGCUAGCCACUUUUAUGAUUGCAUUAGUCAAAGGGCAUAUGGAAGUUGCAAUGCUUCUUGAAGCAGCAGGAGCGGAUAUCAAUAAACUAGUUGAUUGUGGGACCUCAGCUCUUCAUUAUACGGCAAUGUGCAGUGUUACAAUGGUUGAGUAUAUACUUAAUUCGCCUAAAUUCCAUCAAACCGUCUCCGUACGUUCCCUUGAUAAUUUUACGGUUCCCAUAGCCGCAGUCAUGCUUGGCGACAUGGAUAAUAUAAAAUACGUUUUGAAAAGGUCGAAUCUCUCUGAUAUACUUGCAAGAUGUACAAACUCAGAACGUUCUGGCUAUACCGCUCUUCAUUUUGCAGUUUCUUACAACUUGCCACGAAUUUUAAUAGAAACCCUUAUUCAAUCUGGAUUUGAGGUGAGCUUGGAGACUGAUUCUAGAUUCACACCUCUACACAUAGCAGCAGCUUGCGAUAACAUUGAAUUAUUUCGAGCUAUGAUGUGGUUUACGGAACGAGAAUUGUUACUAAACCCGUCUAGUGCUCGAAAUCUUUUCCAAUAUACCUCAAUUGUUAACCACGCUGCCUGUAUACAGGAUACUGUAAGCAAAUGGUCUUCGCCUUCAAUCCAUCCAUUAGACCACCCGACUGAGCCACGCCUAUCAGUUUUACUAUAUAUCAUACACGAGCGCUGGAGUUACCCGCAACAGAUGUUCCAGGCGCUUCAAAUGUUUCUUUCUAGGCCUGGUAUAAAUUUAGAACCGAAAGAUGCUGAAGGAAGAUCCCCAUUGGUUAUUCUCUGUCAAGAGUUGGCGAAAUCGGAUAAACCCGAUCAAUGGGAUAACUGGACUACCCUACACAACUCGAUUAAUCUCUUGAUACGCCGUGGAGCAGAUGUUUUGAGCCAAGAUGCCAGAGGAAACACUGCACUUCACUAUAUGUGUGAAGUGGCAUUUCUCCCGCAUCACUUUGGGGCACUUCUCAUUCUUCUGUAUGAACCCACACCAAUCUUACUAUGUUUCAAACCAAACAACCAUUCCAUUGAAUCAUAUAGAUAUAAAAUACUGAACGCCAAGCUAUAA